UUUUUUAGUUGCGCACAAAACAAAUCCGACACGAAAGAAUCACACAGUAACAGAAGACGGGUAAGCCUUCUUAUUAUAACAUUCAGUCUUCAACGUGUACCUCUUUUGCGCCCUUGCUCUUUUUUAAACAUCAAUAGCAGAGGCAAAUGGCGACAGUGAAAGUAGAAGCAAAGGAGGAAGACAAGGCGAAAUCAUCCUCUACUUCAUUUUACGUGGAUCAAGUAGUGGCGCCAGGAGACAUUAUUGUAGACCUCACAAAUCUUUCCAAUCAGACGCUCAGGGUUGGAGGGGGUCUUCGUCAGGACUUUGAUCAUGUCACUGUGACAAAAGUUGGUAGACUUAGAUACACAAAACCAAACAAAUAUUGGGUCGAAGGAUCACACAAGAGGUAUACACCAUGUGUGGAAGACAAAAUCAUGGGCAUUGUAGUUGAUAGCAGGUCUGAUAACUUCCUAGUAGACAUAAAGGGGCCCAUGUUGGCUUUUCUACCAGUUCUUGCGUUUGAAGGUGGAACAAGAAGGAAUAUACCGAAGUUUGAGAUUGGUGCCUUGGUCUAUGUAAGGGUAGUAAAAGCUAAUCGUGACAUGAAUCCAGAGCUUUCAUGCACUGACGCAAGCGGUAAGGCUUCAGAAUUCGGUGGUUUGACCGGAGGCUACAUGUUUGAAAGUUCAACUGGAUUAGCACGAGCGUUAUUGACAAAGCCUACCUGUCCUGUUCUUGAGGAACUUGGAAAGAGUUUAUCAUUUGAGAUAGCAGUUGGAUUAAAUGGCCGAGUCUGGGUGAAUGCUCCAUCUCCUUCCACGGUCAUUCUUGUUUCAAAUGCCAUCAUGAAUGCAGAGUACCUGAGUGGAGUUCAACAAAAAAUUAUGGUACAGAAACUCUUGCAGAGAGUUCAAUAGUGGGGAUCUAUACUAGUACAUUUAUGUGGGCAUUGUUUAUGUUGGGGUCAAUACUCAGUAAUUUUGUUGUAAUCAAUUGUCAAUGACUGUAGAAAAUUAAUAUUCUAUGUUGUGACUCUAUUCGAUUAUGAAUACUCUCACAGCUAUUGGAGAUGCUUCCAAAAUGGUUAUCAAUUCUUCAUGAACGUAGCAGUUAAAGGUUCAAAAUUUUUGCCAAUUGAAAUAUUGUAGAAGUCGAUCUAAUUAGAACAAUAGGGUCACUCUCUGUUUAGGAUUUUGUUUUAACUAAUAUUAGAAGCACUACAUUCGGAGGAUAUUUGGUGAAUAUUGUGUCAUAGAAACCAUCUAUGCGUAACAUUCUGGCCAGGAGAGAUAUAAGAUCAAUUUAAACUGUAUACUUUUUUUAA